GAUACAGUUGCUUGGUAAUAACAUAACAAAACCAAAAUUGCACCUGCACUAGGAGUAUAUUAGCGAAAUUACGCGAAGAAAUUAAAAUUAUGGAAGAAGAGCAAGAACAUGAAAAAGAGGAAAAUCUUGAAGAUAGAAAUGACGAGGAUCCAAAGGUGACAAGGACAAGAAAACUUACACUGUUCCUACGCAUUCAUUGGCGCGGUUUAGUAUGUCUAAUUAGUCCACUAAUAUUGUUACCCGUUCUAUCGCCUUUUCCUCCUGAGAAAAGUCAGUGGUGUGCCUAUACUCUGUUAGUGAUGGCAAUAUUUUGGGUAACAGAAUGUAUACCUUUGCCCGUUACCUCAUUUAUUCCAGUCAUAGUUUUUCCUAUGGCUGGAGUUAUGGAUACCCGGCAUUGCUGCAGAUGCUAUAUCAAUGACACUGUCUUCAUGUUUUUUGGAAGUAUGGUUCUUGCAUGUGCCGUCGAACAGUCUGGCCUGCAUAAGAGAUUAGCUCUAUUCACUAUAAGACUUAUUGGAUAUUCUCACUACAGAUUAUUAUUCGCGAUGUCGUUUACGACUAUGUUUGUCUCAAUGUGGAUCACCAACACCGCGGCGACGACCAUGAUGGUUCCUAUUAAUUUCGCCUUGCUCAGUGUUUUUGAGGAACAAAACCUUCUUGAAAUCUACGAGCUAGAUGACACUGGUGAACAGGUUGCUUCGGAUAUAACGACAUGUUAUUUUUGUGCAGUCAGUUUUUCUGCCACUAUUGGUGGCAUCGGUACUUUGGUGGGAACGGCAACGAAUUUGGUAUUUAAAGGACUAUUUCAAAAAGCUUUUCCUGCCGCGCCAGAAUAUUUAUCGUUUCCCAAAUUGUCUGCAUUUUCAAUACCUUAUAUGUUUGCUAUGGAAAUAUGCUUGUAUUUGGCCUUGGUAAUCGGAUAUUUGGGAUUUUUAAGACCUAAAAGCAAAGAUGCUAUCCUGGCAAAUAUAUCAGAGUCUGGAAAGUUGGCAGCAAAGAAUGCUGUUCACGAAAACUGGCGAAACCUGGGCAGAAUAACCUUCUGGGAAAUCAUGGUUGUAAUAUUGUUCGGUGGUGCAAUGGUUAUGUUCUUCUGCCGUUCUCCUCAAAUUUUUGUGGGAUGGGGUGACAUUAUCUCAGAUUAUUUUGAACUGCACAAUAAUAGAUACGCAAGAGACUCGGCGGCUGCCAUGCUGGUGGGAUUUUUAAUGAUGCUCCUUCCAUCCACUUUGGAAAUUUUCAAAAAUUGCACUGCCAAAGUUGACGAACUCCCCAACAGGCCAGUGCGAUCUGUUCUAAACUGGUCUUUGAUGAACGAACAAAUGCCUUACAGCUUUAUGUUCCUCCUAGGAGGUGGGAUUGCUCUAUCCGAGGCAGCUAAGAAAGAAUAUUCUGACUUAAAUGGCGAAAUUGGAAAAAUAUUGCGAAACCUCAACGGAUUGCCCGUAGCUUUUAUCUUACUGCUUAUCAUAAUUUUUACAGUAUUUGUGACAAAUUUUGCUUCUAAUGUGGCGGUCUGCAAUGUUGUUGCGCCGAUAGCGAUGCAAUUAGCUAAAGAAAUAAAGUUCCACCCUCUGUGGUUCAAUAUUGCCGCUGGUUUCGCUGCUUCAUAUUGUUUCUGUUUACCAGUGGGGACGCCUGGAAACUUAGUUGUACAAAGCGCCGCUAGUAUUCCAACAGUAAAAAUGAUAAAAGCAGGCAUUGUUCCAUCGAUUACCACAGUACUAUUAACAUGGCUAUGUACCUACUAUUGGGCACCUGUCGUUUGGCCUGAUUUGCAUUCUGCCGACCAUGAAUGGAUACAUUGAAAUAAAUUUCAAUCCUGAUCAAUGUUGAUUAUAAUUUAUCUUGGAUUUUUCCGUAAUAAUUUUACAUGCAAACAAAAAUGUUGUUUUAAUUAAGGUUUAGAGAUAUAUGUUAUUUGAUUGUAUCUUGAAUAGUUUCCUUAUAAAUGUAUAUGCAAUCAAAAAU